GCCAACACUUCGACUGGCCUAAGACGUCUGAGUUCUGACGAUAGGCCUAUUCUUGUUCAAACGCAAUGAAAAGUUUGUAGUAGGAGAAUGUAACGAUUUGUGGUUAGUAUUAAGUAACCGAUAAGUGGUCCGUGACUUGUGUCGAUGAAAACGCAGCAAUAAAUAGAUUACAGUAUGAUAUAUUUUGAACCACAGACAUGGUCAAACAUCACUUUGAUAUUUGGGAUCCUGGCAUUGGUACUCUAUUGUUUGAGUACUUUUAUGAUAUUUCUUUCACUUGUUUACGCAAAAUGUAAACUGCACAAAAAAUCAGCUUUCCGUCCAAACAUAUUGUACAAUGGUAACCCAAAUGGUAACCAAGGAGUGUCAGUCAUUAAACCACUAUUAGGUACAGAUCCUUUAUUACGGAUUAAUUUAGAAAGCCAUUUUCAACUUGAUUAUCCAAAGUUUGAGUUAUUAUUUUGUUUUCAUGAUGAAAAUGAUCCUGCUGUUACAUUGGUUAAUGAGUUGAGAGAAUGUUAUCCUCAUGUAUCAACAAGAUUAUUCUUUGGUGGAUGUGAUGGUAUAGUUAAUCCAAUGGUAAAUAAUAUUUUACCAGCUUAUAAUGCAGCUAGCUAUGGAUAUAUCUGGAUAAGUACCAGUAGAAUUAUGGCAUCCACAGAAAUUCUACUAGAUAUGGUGGAAAAAUUAGCCGAUCCAAAGGUUGGCUUAGUUCAUCAAUUGCCAUUUGUAACAGAUCAGCCUGGUUUAGCUGGAAUGCUAGAAAAAGUAUAUUUUGGCUGUGUUGUCUCAAGAUAUUAUCUGUCUAUUAAUGCUUUGGGAUUGCUUUGUGCCACUGGCAUGUCAUAUACAUUUAGAAAGUCCAUAGUGGAUGAAAUCAAUGGCUUGGAAUAUUUUGGUCAAUAUUUGGCUGAAGAUUUCUUUUUAACAUCGAAAGUUUUUCAAGCUGGUUAUCAUCUAAUAGUAUCAGCAUAUCCUGCUCAACAAAAUGUUGCUAAUCCGACUAUUUCUAAGUUUUCUGAUAGAAUCAUAAGAUGGUUACGAUUAAGACUUACAAUGAUGACCUUUACAACAUUGUUAAUUGAACCUGCUGUAGAAUGUUUAGUAUUAGGUGCCUAUUCAGCAUUUUUUUUACAUUAUUAUUUUGGUUUCAACCCAUAUCUGUUUUUUAUUGGUCAUGUUACGCUUUGGAUUAUACGUGAUUAUAUUCAAUUAUCAAUAGUACAGAAUGCCAAACUGCCAUUUUCCAAACUGACUUUUGUUUUAGUUUGGUUUCUAAGAGAAUUUCUUCAAAUUGUCAUGCUCAUGAAAGCAAUUAUGCAACCUAGAACAAUUAAAUGGGGAAAUCGAACAUAUCUGGUUCAUUUUGGUGGUGUGACAGAAAUAAAACGAGAAAAAUCAUCUAUGACAACAUGA